AUGCGCCCCCUGAUCGCCGGUACUCGCAUCCUUUGUAGCAUAAGCAAAAACCUCGCGGCACCCAUCCACAAGUAUAAAGCAGCGAUCUCCCGCCCACUGCCCCACCCAUUCCUACUCAACGCUCCCAGAAGAUUACUGUUAAUGGGCUCGUCCUUCAGCACUUCCACCACCAACCAAACAAACUGCAAAAUGUCCACAAGUACAAACCCACCGGUCCAAAAAUCCGACGACGAAUGGCGCGCGAUCCUCUCCCCUGAGCAGUUCCGCGUCCUCCGCGCCUGCGGCACCGAGCCCCCCAACAGCGGGACCCACAGCCACCACACCUCUCCCGGAGUCUACACCUGCGUGGGCUGCGGCGCACCGCUUUACACAAGCACGAGUAAGUUCGAUAGCGGGUGCGGGUGGCCGGCUUUCUUCGAAAGCGUGCCAGGCGCUAUUAAUCGGCGGGAGGAUGGGGCCUUGGGCAUGCGCAGGACGGAGAUUACCUGUGCGAAUUGUGGCGGCCACUUGGGGCAUGUGUUCAAAGGGGAAGGCUUCGGCGGCGCGGCGGAUGAGCGGCAUUGUGUUAAUAGCGUUUCCCUGAAGUUUAAGGGGGACUGA